AUGCAAGAAUUCAGUAAAUGUAAUAAAAUACAUGGUAUAUAUUGGCUUAAACGAUCUUUGGAAGACAUCAUAAUUAGAAUUAAAUUAAAAUUUAAAGAAGACAUUAUAAGUUUGCCAAAAUUUGAAGAUUUUAAAGAGAAAUCAGAUGAAGAAAAUCUAAAUAUUUUAGAUAGCAAUAAAGUGGAAACAUAUGAUUUAAAAUGGCAAGAAAAAGUUUUCAGUAGUUGGGAAAUUCAAAAAUAUUCAUAUAUAUACAACUGUACGACAGAAACAGAAAAGAAAUAUCAUGAAAUGAUCACAAAAUCAAAUUGUGAAUCAAGUAAAAUUUUUACUUAUAUAAAUGAAGACUAUCAUUUACCUGUACCUGUUGGAAAAAUGACAAGAAAACCAGAUAUUCGUUAUUUAAGUGUUUGUUUUGCAUUGUUAAAAUUAGAUGAAAAAAUUGAAGCGCACAAAGAUGUAUCUAGCUCAAUGGGACAUUUGUUUAAAAGUGAAGAUGAUAUAUCACAUGAAGAACAAUGGAUGGCAAUGCAUGUUGCAUUAGAUACUUCAGAAUAUAAUGAAGAUUCUCAACUACUUUUCAAGCAAGAAUGUAUUCUUCUCUCCAUAUUCUAUAAUGUAACAGACCAAUAUCUAUUACUUUCACCAGAUGUUAAUGAUUUAGAAUUUAACCCGUAUUGUAUCGAAGAUGCCGAUGGCACAGUUUCUAAGACUCGACAAUUGAGAGAAUAUAGUAUAGAGAUUGAAUUCCAAGAGAAAGCUAAUACAGAAGAAUUAGAAGAACUGUUACAUAAUUUAUAUAAAAAAUGGAAGAAAAAGCAGAAAAAUAUAUUAAAUUUUGUAAUGCCACCACUGGGAAAGAAAAAAUUCUUUCUAACAUUGGAGAUUGUUUCAGCUAUAGAAUUUGAAAUGGAUAACUUGUAUAUUGAAUAUCAUAUAAAGAUUCCAGAUGAUUUACAAUAUAAUGGUGAGAUAAGUGGACGGACUCAUGUCAGUAAGAAAAUGUAUGUAGACGAGAAGUCUGUGUGGAUGUAUGGGCAUAUUAUGGAAUUAGAAUUAGAAUGUGCUACCGGAAUAAAUCCAUCGCCAUUAAAAAUCUUUCUAGAAGCAAUUUCCACAGACUGGUGGGGGAGGUACAACACACAGGGGUAUAGCUGUCUCGCUCUGACACUAGAGGCUGGAGAACAAAUAGUAUACCUGUCUUGCUCUCGACCAGAAGAGUUGGACAGUACAGUGGCAGAGAGUAGACGGUUCUUUGUGGGAGGAUGCCAUUUGUUAAAGGACUUGGAUGUUUUGGAUAAUCCUCAAACACAGGAUGCAAACUUCAGAUACGUUUCAACUGGCACAAUAUCACUCCGAUGGCAGAUAGUGUCGCAGACGCACGCGGCCGCCGCCCCGCCGCUGCAGCCACACACAUCAGCAUCUGCUUUAUUGAAAGGAGCCGAAGCAGUACUACGACAGUAUAGAAAAGCCAAAGCGACAUUGGCAGCCGCGACUGAAAAUAUAGCGAAU